AUGCCAGCCGAGCCAAUUGCCAUAAUUGGUAGUGGAUGUCGCUUCCCAGGCGGCGCUACAACUCCAUCUAAAUUAUGGGAUCUUCUAAGAUGUCCCCCAGAUCUCAAGCAGGAAAUCCCCAAAGAGCGAUUCAGCGUCGACCGUUAUUAUCAUCCCGAUAAUGCCCAUCAUGGAACAAGUAAUGUUCGACACUCUUACUUCCUUCAAGACGAUUUCAAGGCAUUUGACGCGGGCUUCUUUGGUAUUAAAGGUGUUGAGGCCUUGGCCAUGGAUCCCCAGCAGCGCCUGCUCUUGGAAACUGUGUAUGAGAGUUUGGAAUCAGCCGGUCUGCCAAUGGAAAAUCUGCAGGGCUCAGAUACAGGCGUUUUCGUCGGUAACAUGAGUGUUGACUACACUGAAAUUCUGUCUCAGGAUAUUGAUUCAACGCCCACAUACUUUGCGUCUGGAACGGCGCGAAGCAUUCUAUCUAACAGAAUUUCGUACUUUUUCGAUUGGCAUGGGCCGUCUGUUACAAUUGACACGGCCUGUUCAUCUAGUUUGAUUGCCUUGCACCAGGCAGUUCAAAGCCUACGAGCCGGAGAGGUCCCUCUCGCCAUUGCAGCGGGUGCCAACUUGCUACUAGGACCUAAUCAAUAUGUGGCGGAGAGCAAGUUGAAGAUGCUUUCGCCCAAUGGUCUGUCCCAGAUGUGGGACGAAAAGGCAGACGGAUACGCACGUGGAGACGGUUUCGCCUCAGUGGUGCUGAAGAAACUCAGUGACGCAAUCCGCGAUGGAGACAAAAUUGAGUGUAUCGUCCGCGAGACAGGGACUAACCAAGAUGGGCGGACAAAAGGUAUCACUAUGCCAAGUCCAAUCGCUCAAGCUGCACUCAUCCAGGAUACCUAUAGACGCGCGGGUCUUGAUCUAAGCCGACAAUCUGACCGACCACAGUAUUUCGAAGCCCAUGGAACUGGUACACCAGCCGGUGACCCAGUUGAGUCGCGAGCAAUCAACGCUGCUUUCUUUGGACCGAAGUCGGGAUUUAAGCGUUCGCCUGAGGACCCUAAGCUGAUUGUUGGUUCAAUCAAGACUGUUAUUGGACAUACAGAGGGAACUGCUGGUCUUGCAUCACUACUCAAGGUUUCACUCGCGUUGCAGAACGGCAAAGUUCCUCCUAACCUUCACUUCGAGAAGCUGAGCGCAACAGUAAAGCCGAAUUUUACAAAUUUAGAUAUACCUACGUCGCUACAGGACUGGCCUCGGAUUCCUGAGGGCGGAGUGAAGCGCGCAAGCGUCAACAGCUUCGGUUUUGGUGGCGCGAAUGCGCAUGCAAUUCUUGAGGAAUAUAUCCCACAGUCUGGUACUGAUUCAAAUAUUUCCAAAUGUACAACUUCAUUCACACCGUUUCUAUUUUCUGCGGCCACUUCGUCUGCCUUGUCAGCCAACAUUUCAGCGUAUGCCGACUUCCUCGAUAUCAACCCAAGCAUCAGCCUCAGGGACGUCAGCUACACACUAUUUCAUCAUCGCUCCAGUCUCCAGGAGAGGGCUAUUUUCUCUGCGUCUUCUCCGGAUGAUCUCGUAGUUAAACUUCGUGCCUAUAUCACGGAUGGCAAGAAGCCAAACACAGGCGUUUCCAAGACUUCAGCAGCUCAGCCACGGACUCUGGGUAUCUUCACGGGCCAGGGUGCUCAGUGGCCUCGUAUGGGUGCUGAACUUAUUGAAUCAUCCGCUGCCAUUAGCAGGAUUGUAAGCGAGCUUGAGGAAAGCCUUGCAACACUGCCCGUUGAGGAUCGCCCCUCUUGGUCGCUGCGGGAGAAGAUGCUAGAGUCUCCUGAAACGUCCCAGAUAAAGAAAGCCGAGCUUUCUCAGCCACUAUGCACGGCGCUACAGAUUAUCUUGGUCGAAGCAAUGCGCCAUGCAGGCAUCACUUUUGAUGCUGUCGUGGGCCAUUCAUCUGGUGAGAUUGGAGCAGCAUAUGCUGCGGGGGUAAUCACGGCAUCUGAAGCCAUUCGCAUUGCCUACUACAGAGGGUUCCAUACACAUAAAUGCCAAGGCUCCAAUGGCCAACCUGGGUCCAUGAUGGCUGUCGGAACAUCUCUCGAAGAUGCUCGUGAAUUUUGCGAGUUGGACGAUUUUGUGGGCCGUCUACGCGUGGCUGCCAGCAACUCCUCCUCUAGCGUCACUAUCUCAGGUGACUCAGAUGCCAUUGAAGAGGCAGGCUUGAUCUUUGAAGAUGAGAACAAGUUCCAUCGCGCCCUGCAAGUUGACAAAGCAUACCACUCUCACCAUAUGGACCCUUGUUUGGCUCCUUACAUCGAGUCCUUGAGAUCCUGCAAGAUAUCCCCACAGCUUUCAAAUGCCACUGGAUGUGUAUGGGUCUCCAGUGUCUAUGGCGAAGAUAUUAGUAACGUUGAAGAUGAUCUUACAGCCGUCUACUGGGCUAAUAACAUGGGCCGAACUGUUCUUUUCUCCGAGGCUUGCGAGAGCGCGCUGCGUGAGGUUGGCCCCUUUGACCAAGUGGUUGAACUAGGCCCCCAUCCUGCACUCAAAGGACCAGCGAGCCAAACAAUCGAAGAAACAACUCGCGAAAAGAUGCCGUACUUUGGCGCUUUGACCCGUAAGCGUAACGCAGUUGAAGCCCUGGCAGAAUGUCUAGGAAGUCUUUGGGCUGCAAAUAGCAACAAAGUGAUUGACUUUGCGGCUUAUGAAACAUUCAUGGCCGGUUCACAUGGAACUCUGGUAGACCUUCCAAUGUACCAAUGGGACCACCAUAUGACUUACUACAAUGACUCGCGUAUUAUAAGAGCCAUGAGAACAGCAUCAAUCAAGUCAAAUGAGAUUCUCGGCACCAGAAUUAUCGAUAACAGCAUUACUGAAGUGCGGUGGCGGAAUCGCCUUAGCAGCAACGAGGUAGCUUGGCUUAAGCACCACAGAAUUCAGGAUCAGUCUGUCUUUCCCGCUGCGGGUUACAUUGCCGCUGGAUUGGAAGGUGUCAGAGAGCUCUUCUACGACUCGCCUAUUUCUAUCAUAAAGUUCAAGGAUUUCGUCGUGGGACAAGCACUGAUUAUCCCGGAGAAUGGGGGCGUUGAGACGGUCACAUCUCUUACCAACAUUGUGCGGAUGGCCGAUACAAUCACUGCCCGAUUCACGUUUUUUGCCGAGGAAAGCAGAAACGACUCAGUUAUCAUGAAUGAGAAAGCUUCAUGUAGCUUGAUUGUUUCAUUAGGAGAGCCGAAUCCUGAUGCCCUACCUCCACGACCUGAGCCGGACUUCCAGAUGUUAGAGGUGCACGAAGAUAGAUUCUAUGAUGCUGUCGGAAGUCUAGGAUUUGGAUAUACUGGACCAUUCAAAGCCUUAACAAAGUUAAACCGCAAGAUGGACGUUGCAACCGGCUAUAUUUUGCAUCCGGACGCAACAUUCGGAUUUGACCGUCUUUUGAUCCACCCUGCGGCUCUGGACGCUGCGAUCCAAUCCAUCAUUUUGGCAUAUUGCUUCCCAGGAGACACACGUUUGAGGACCACUCAUUUGCCGACAACAAUUGAUAGCAUCCAAUUCAACGUCCCUCUUUGUGAAUCCAAGAUUGCAACCGAGAGCCUAUUCCGUGCAUCAGUACCUCCUGGCGGAGUGGAGUUGAGUGAUAUCAACGGUGACGUCGACAUAUUUACUGAGGACGGUAUUACCCUCAUUCAGCUUCAGGGUCUCCACACCAAGCCUCUUGUCCCUGCCACUGCUGAAACGGAUCUUCAGCUUUUCUCCGAAUUUACCUGGGGGCCGCUUCUCCCCCAUGGUCAAAGUCUUGUCUUAGAGGGUGGAGAAGCUUUAUCGGAACGUGCCCUAUUUGAGGAUCUAGAACGUGUGGCAUACUAUUAUCUACAACACCUCAAUAACGAAAUUCCGCUUCGUGAACGCUCGAACUUGUUGCCUCAUCAAGAACGACUAUUCGGCUAUGUUGAUUAUAUCUUGGGUCGCGUCAACAACGGAGCGUUGAUGCACAUCAGGCCCGAGUGGAGAGACGAUAAGCAUGAGACUAUUUUGAACAUAAUAUCUAGCCGUGAGGAUGACAUUGAUCUGAAGAUCAUGCACGCUGUUGGAGAAAACCUUCCGAAAGCGAUUCGUGGUCAAAUGAAUAUCCUGGAGCCGAUGAUGGAGGGCAAUAAGCUCAAUAAGUUUUAUGUUGAUGCGCUAGGUAUGCCUCGCUAUGUGGAAGCUCUUUCUCGCAUUGCUGCACAGAUAAGCAAUCGUUAUCCACAUAUGCAUAUGCUUGAAAUCGGUGCUGGCACAGGAGGUGCUACGAAGAUUCUUCUCAAGCAUUUGGCCAGUGCCUUCGACUCCUAUACUUACACCGAUAUCUCUAGCGGAUUCUUCCCAACUGCCCAGGAAGUGUUCAGCAAUUAUUUGUCUAAAAUGGCAUUCAAGAUAUUAGAUAUUGAGAAAGAUAUUGAGAGUCAGGGUUACGAAGAGCAGAAGUUUGAUCUUGUGAUUGCAAAUUUAGUAGCCCACGCUACGAAAGAUUUGGAAACAACAAUGAAGAACAUUCGGCGACUCGUCAAGCCUGGAGGUUAUCUACUUCUGCUGGAGAUUACAGAUAAUGACCAGCUUCGCUUCGGUUUCAUAUUUGGUGGCCUUCCAGGUUGGUGGUUGGGGCACGAGGAGGAACGUCGCUUUAGCCCAUGUGUCGAUAUCCCCUCUUGGGAUACUCUACUGAGGAAAACAGGAUUCUCAGGCAUCGACGAUGCAACGCCUCAUGUUUCGACCUGUCCAUUGUCAGUCCUGCUGACACAGGCAGUCGAUGAUCGGGUGUCUCUUCUGCGCGAGCCACUUAAUGCAGCCCCUUCUGCUUUCGAUUUGGCCGAUUUGACAAUCAUUGUGUCGGAAAAUGGAAUAUCUGCAGAUGUUGGUCUUAGAGUCAAGGAUAUUGUAUCUCCAUACUUUAAAGAGACUCGUUUACUCACAAAUAUCAACGAUCUCACUGAACAAACUCUUCCUGUGAUGGGUAGCGUCCUUUCGCUCGUUGACUUCGAUGAGCCCAUAUUCAAGGACAUGACAGCCAAGCGCUUGCAAGCGUUCCAGCAAAUCUUCAAACAGUCUAAGAAUAUUUUGUGGAUGUCGGCAGGAGCCCAAGCUGACAGUCCUUAUGCGUCCAUGGUUCUCGGUAUCGGACGAAAUGUGGUUCUAGAGAUGUCUCAUCUUCGCUUCCAGUUUAUUGAUUUCGACGCUCCUUCUUCAGCUGAGCCAAACCUUGUCGCUGAAUCUCUCCUUCGGUUUGAAUUGGUGGAUGUUUGGGAGCAAACUGCUAAGCCUGGCUCUAUACUGUGGGUUACUGAACCUGAGAUCAGCUAUCGGAAUGGAAUUUUCAAUAUUCCACGUCUCAAGUUGAGCGACAGCCGAAAUGCACGGUACAACGCCUCUCGCAGAAUAGUUACCAAAAAAGUAGAUCCCAAGUCUAUACCGCUGAGCUUAAGCACGGAUGGCAGUGGAUCUUAUACUCUUUCACCCGCGUCCUUGCGAUCUGCGGCUGAAACUCGCCCAGAAACUGUGCUUAUCAAUGUCAAAAAGUCCAUCCUAAGAUCUGUCAGGUUGCCGUCUUCGGACUUCCUGUUUGUCGUCUUCGGUACCACGGAUGAUGGCCAGACUCUUGUUGCACUAUCAGAUGCGCAAAGUUCUGUCGUCAUCGUGGACCGAGCAUGGACAAUGCCAGUGGUAACUACCAGCAACGACGUCAUUGAGCAGACUAUGUUGUCAUUAUAUGAAGCUUUGCUGGCACAGAGUUUGCUACAAGGACUACAAAGUGGUAAUUCGCUAGUUAUUCUUGACGCUUCUCACUCACUGGCCAGGGCUUUGAAGAAUGUUGGAAGCCGCCAUGGCAUCAGCGUAACGUCUUUAUCAUCCUCAAACGGCGGUGGCAACAUUGGAUCGGUAGGCGUUCACCCGAGGGAAUCAAUCCGAUCAUUACAGUCCAAGCUUCCAGUCCAAGUCCACAGAUUUGCCAAUUUCCAUGGGGACCGAGAUUUAGCAGAGUCUAUUUGCGCCUCACUUCCAACCCACUGUGAACAACAUGGCUGGCAAACUCUUACCCGCUCACAUCCUUUCGUCACGGAACGAACGUUCUUGGGAUUGGAUGAUGAGGUACGGUCCGUUCUCCGAGCUGCUUGGAUACAUGUGAAGACCGAACAACAGCGGGCAGUUGAUACUAGCAAGGUUGUUUAUGCAGACCCCAUCUCUGUCUCGUCAGAAAUCGCUCUCGUCGAUCGGCUGUGCCUUAUUGGGUGGGAGGCGCAUACAAAGUUGCCGGCGCAGAUACAGCCACUUGAGAAGACCCUGACAUUCUCAGGCGACAAGACGUACUGGCUAGUUGGUCUUACCGGUGGCCUGGGGCAAUCGCUCUGCCGUUGGAUGGUUGACCAUGGUGCACGCUACAUUGUAAUGACUAGUCGAAACCCAAAAGUUGAUUACAGAUGGUUGUCGAGCGUUCAAUCUAAUGGUGCUGUGGUCAAAGUGUUCCCGAAUGAUAUCACCAGCCGAGAAUCAGUGCACACUGCUUAUAGGACCAUUACGGCAACAAUGCCACCAAUCGGCGGUAUUGCGCAGGGUGCCAUGGUAUUACAUGAUGCCAUGUUCGCCGAGAUGACCACAGACAAGAUGCUAAAGGUGUUGAGGCCAAAGGUGGAUGGUAGUAUACAUCUGGAAGAAAUAUUUGCGGAUACUCCCUUGGACUUCUUUGUCUACUUCUCUUCUGUUGCAGCCGUGACGGGCAACAAGGGUCAAAGCAUGUACGCUGCUGCCAAUAUGUUCAUGACGACUCUCGCAGCACAGCGCCGAAAGCGUGGCGUCGCAGGAUCCGCGAUCAAUAUUGGAGCCAUCAUGGGUAACGGAUAUAUUACUCGCGAACUUAACCAGCAGCAGCAAACAUUUUUGCAAGAGGUGGGGAAUAUCUGGCUCAGUGAGCAAGAUUUCCUUGCUAUUUUCGCUGAAGGUGUGUUGGCUAGCCAUCCCAACUCGACUGAAACACUCGCUACCACGACGGGCCUCCGCGUGCUCCGCUCCCAUGACGAACUAGUUAGUUGGGCUAAAGACGCGAGGUUUCAGCAUCUUGUACAGACCAGUGGAGCCAAUAUGGCCUCUAGUAUGGGCAAGACAAGCGCUGUAGCUCUAAAGAAGCAGCUCGAAGAAGCAAAGACUGCAGAGGAGGUAUCAUCAAUUCUUGAUGUACUAGAUGCUUUUUCUAAUAAGCUAAGAACAAUCCUACAGAUUCCUGCUGACCGCGAAAUUAUGAACACUGGACUCGACGAUCUGGGCAUGGAUUCUUUGGUUGCUGUUGAAGUGAGAUCAUGGUUCUUGAAGGAACUCAGCGCCGACGUUACUGUCCUCCAGGUCCUCAGUGGUGGUACAACACGAUCCCUUCUGCAGCCUGUCAAAGAGAAGGUGCUUGAGGCAAUGCAAUUGUCAGCAAGUGUCCAAGCGGCUACGGAACAACCCAAGACAUCUUUACCUGUUCACAAAGAGGCUCUAAAGCCCGAGGUCAUCAUUGAGACGGUUGAUAAUGAGUCUGUCAGUCUUGGCAAAGAAGAUACUAGGACUGCGUCAUCAUCAAGUUCGGUGUUGGAUUCCUCGGACACGCCUUUGGGUACUGACCUGAACAGCUCAAUAACGCCAUUAGAACUCGACACUGACUCUGAAAAUAUUUCGCUCUUUGCUCCAGAUACGGUGACACGGUCUCUGCCUCUUUCUUUUGGCCAAUCUCGAUUUUGGUUCCUGAAGCACUUCUUGCCUGACCAGAGUGCGUUCAAUAUCACCACGUUUGUCCGCAUGCAAGGACGCCUAGAUAUUAACCGCCUAGCGGCUGCUGUUGAGACCGUUUCCAAUCACCAUGAGGCCUUACGAACGGCUUUUGUGAGCUCUCAUGAUCAGCCAGUGCAGGUUGUGCUCAAGCGGUCGCCUCUCAAACUAGAACGCAGACAAAUUAAUGAUAUAACUGAAGUUACACCUGCAUACGAGUCGAUCAAGCGACAUGCAUAUGACCUCGAGGCCGGACAAACAAUGAGACUUCAAGUUUUGACUCUCUCUCCAGAAGUCAACUUCCUCAUCCUUGGUUACCACCAUAUCAACAUGGAUGGAAUCAGCUUUGAGGUUCUAUUCAACGAUAUUCAGAAAGCUUUUGAAGGCACCAAGUUCACUCCCGGUGUUCUCCAAUAUCCUGAUUUUGCUCUUAGAGAGCAAGAUGAAUACAAGAGAGGAUUUUGGAAAUCCGAGUUGGAUUUUUGGAGAAGCGAAUUUAAGACUCUACCAGAGUCGCUACCUCUACUACCACUGUCACAAAAGACGUCGCGUCCGGCGGUAACACAGUAUGGAACUAGGCGAAUUGAACGUCGAAUCCCCGAGGAACUUUCAGCUAUUAUCAAAACAGUCACUCGCAAAUUCAAGGUCGGUCUUUUUGCAUUCUACUUGGCCGUACUGAAAGUUACAGUUGCUCGAUAUGCCGAUAUCAAUGAUAUCUGCAUUGGCAUGGCUGACGCCAAUCGAAGAGAAAGGGACGUUUUGGAGAGCAUUGGGUUGUAUCUCAACUUGGUACCGCUCCGAGUAAACUGCGAUCCAUCAGAGCCAUUCAGCCUCGCUCUGCAGGAUAUGCAUCAGAAGUCGCAGUUAGCCUUUGCGAAUGCAAGGGUCCCCUUCGAUGUCCUGCUGAAUGAGCUGGGAGUUCCUCGUUCUGCGUCACAGCCACCACUUUUCCAGGUGUUCAUGAACUACCGACAAGGUGUCCGUGAAAUUCGAGACUUCUGCGGCUGUGAAUGCGAAGGAGAGCUAUUGAGCGGCGGUGAGCUUGCCUACGACAUCAGCUUCGACGUAGUUGAGAAUCCGGGUGGUGAGACCAAUGUUAUGCUCUCUGUACAGAGUGCAUUGUAUGAUGAGUCUAGUGCCGAAACUCUCCUAGAUUCAUACUUUGCCUUGAUGGAAGCAUUUGCCAAGAACCCGGCCUCACGCUCAAACAAACCAGCUCUAUAUCCCACGACAUCAACAGACCAGGCGCUAGAGCUGGGCAAUGGCCCCAUAUUCACACACGUUUGGCCACCUACUAUCUCGCACAGAAUUGAUGACAUGAUCAAAGAAAACCCAACAAACAUCGCCAUCACAGAUGGAACCGGGAUUAAUUUGACUUAUGCCGAGAUGGGCGCUCUGAUUAACACAAUUGCGGCACACCUAGAAAAUAUCAACGCAUCCAAAAUCGUUGGCGUCUUCCAGCAACCUACACCAGCACUGAUUUGUUCCAUCCUUGCUAUCAUGAAGUCGGGACGAACCUACGUCCCUCUCGACACCCGUUUGCAAUCGUCUCGCCUUGCGGUAAUUGCCUCAGGAUCCGGCCUGUCAAGUGUCAUUAUCGAUCCUGCAUCUGAGAACGAUGUCGGCUUUCUCUCGAGUGCUACGACCCUCAUCAACAUCGAUAACCUGCCUGUCUCUAAUACGAGUUAUGUCGUGGCAUCGCUGCCUGCUGCUCCUGCGGCGCUCCUUUACACUAGUGGAUCUACUGGUACGCCUAAAGGCAUAUGCUUAAGCAAUGCCGCGUUGCGCAACACAAUCGAGAUUACGACAAACAAAUUUGGUAUCCAACGCGAUGGUGAGGUUGUUCUUCAGCAAACCGCAUAUAGCUUUGAUAUGGCACUGUUCCAAACCUUCCUUGCCUUGUGCAAUGGUGCGACCCUAUUGGUAGUGCCUUCUCACACUCGAGGAGACUUUAGUGCUAUUGCACACUUAAUGCUAAAGGCGCGAGUGACCAUGACAUCUGCCACACCGGCCGAGUAUAUUUCUUUGGUCCGAUACGGCGCUUCAGAUCUAAAACAGAGUGAAAGUUGGAGGGUCGCCUGUACAGGCGGCGAAAAGGUCACGGAUUUGCUCACGGAAAGCUUUCGUUCGUUGAACAGCCAAAAAUUGACUCUCAUUGAUGGCUACGGGCCCGCCGAGACAACCUUCCUUUGCAGCUCCAGUGUGAUUCCCUACCAAGAUCCCUUGUGUCACGCAACCGGCUUUUCACUGAAACCGUAUCCAAACUACGCAAUCUACAUUGUCGGAAAGGACGGGAAGCCCGUUCCCAUUGGCGUCAGCGGAGAAGUGUGCAUUGGGGGAGCAGGUGUUGGCCUUGGGUAUCUAAAUAAUGCCAAGUUAACAUCAGAGAAAUUUUUGGCCAACCGUUACGCGACUGAUGCAUUCAUUUCACAGGGAUGGACAACUAUGCACUUCACCGGGGACCGCGGUCGAUUGACCAAUGAUGGUUGCCUUGUUCUGGAAGGUCGUAUUAGUGGCGAUACGCAGGUUAAGAUUCGUGGAAUUCGAGUUGAGCUGGAGGAGGUCGAAAAUGCAAUUAUGCAAGAAUCUCACGGCAAAAUUAUCCAGGCUGCAGUUUCAAUGAGAAAGGACGAUGCCUCUGGUCACGACUACAUGGUUGCUCAUGUUGUGACGAGAGGUGGUAGCGUAGAAAAUGAGCUGGUCUACUUGCAACAGCUCAAAGGCUUGCUUACCAUUCCACAGUAUAUGAAGCCGUCGGCCAUAAUUUCAGUACUCUCACUUCCUCUCAACACAUCCAACAAGCUUGAUCGACAGGCUCUUCAGUCUUUGCCAGUCGCCUCAUUGUCAAUUGCAAGCAGCGAGUCUUUACCGCCAACUCAAGAAAGAGUCAAGAAGCUUUGGGAAAAGGUUAUUCCUAGCCAGCUUCUGAGUCAAACUGAACUCAAAGGCAACACCGAUUUCUUUCAUGUUGGAGGCACGUCACUUCUUCUUGUAGAACUGCAAUCGCAGUUCAAACAAAUAGGGUUCUCUCCAUCCAUCCAGGAGUUGUUCGGGCAAUCUACACUCGAGGGCAUGGCCUCACUUGUCGAAGGCAAAUCAAGCGCCCAUGAGAUCGACCAGCAUUUAGACUGGGAGACUGAAGCCGCACUUCUUCCCUUGGAUACAUAUCAACAUUCAAAGUUAACGCCUCCUACCGGCCCUACAAGGGUGGUUGUCCUCACUGGAGCUACGGGAUUCUUGGGUCGCCAUAUUUUGGAGAGACUCCUCAGGAGCAAAGACAUUGAAAAGGUCUACUGCGUAGCAGUACGAAAGAGCGCAUCGGAACUUCCAAGCAUGUUCAAAGACCAGCGUGUCGAGGUAUUCCAAGGUGACCUCGGUGUCGCUAAUCUUGGCCUUUCUGUGGUACACGCACAACAAAUCUUCAGUACUGCGGACGCCAUUAUUCACAACGGUGCCGAUGUGUCAUUCAUGAAAACAUACGCCUCUCUCCGGACAACCAAUGUUAGUGCCACCAAGCAAAUCGCACGAUUUGCCCAAGGUCGACGCAUACCUCUACACUUCAUCUCGUCAGCUAGUGUUACACAGUUGACUCCCCUUGAUGAGGUUGGAAGCGUUUCCAUGGCCCCUUAUCCUCCAAUUGCUGGUGCAGACGGCUAUAUCAGCGCCAAAUGGGUAAGCGAACGCCAUCUUGAGCUGAUUUCUGAGGCAUAUGGCCUGCCCAUCACGAUUCACCGCCCUGCCAGUAUUUCUGGAAAUGAUAGCAGCGAUCUAGAUCUCAUGGGCAACUUGUUCAAAUUUGUUGAACGACUAGAAGCAGUUCCUGAGAGUAAAGAUUGGAAGGGUUAUUUCGAUCUGAUCUCGGUACACAGCGUGGCAGCCGCUAUUGUGAAAGCCGUGACACAAAUUCAACAAUCAGUGGAGACAGGCAUCACAUAUCAAUAUGAGUCUGGAGAGCUCGUUUAUCCACUGUCAACCAUGACAGAUGUUACUAAGAUGACGGAAGAGUUCCCUAUCAAGGUAAUGGCGCUGGAAGAAUGGAUUGAGAAAGCGGAGGCGGUGGGCCUGAAUCCACUGUUGGCCUCAUAUUUGAAGCAAGCUGCUGCCAAGAACAGUCGCUGGGCUUUUCCCAAGCUUGUUAAAGAAUAG